AAUUGGAGAAACCGUCUAGGUGGGUAGAGACUAUACGAAAAUCUGCUGUAGCGUAAUGAAUUUGCUUGAUUAAAAACAUGGAUGGAAAGAUAUGGGCCUCAAAAAAUUGUCUGGUGAGGGUUGACAAAUCCAAUUCAAAAACUGAAAAUACCAUUUUCAUUUUUCCCACACGCUUUCCUUGCAGUCUUUGAGUUCAAUUUUCCGUCCCCAUCUUCACUCUUGUUCAUUCUCACUUUAUGAAUCUUUGACUGUACUCGUUAAUCUCCAAAUUUCUCGGACACCCAUUAAUCAUUCCUCAAUUAUCCUUGCUGGGUGUCUCUUACUUUCUUGAAUUGUUCCCUGCAAGAUUGAAAUUUUGCCUAGUUUUGAUCUGGGUGUACCAUUUCUAAAAGUUCUUUUCGUUUUAGUUAUCUGUCAGAGAGAGGAUGGUGGGGGGUUUAGCUGUGGUUGGGUCGUCGGUUGUUGAUUCACACACCAGCCCUUGUUUGUGUUUGGAUUCACUGGUUUCAUCUAGUAUGAAUCUGAAGAGUAGUGGGGAUGUAAUGGUUCUGCAUAGAAACCCCUUCGCCGGAAAGCAUUUGCGGCGGCCGAGGUCGUUGGAAUUGAGCAGUUCUUUUGUUGAUUCAGGGCAUGAACGGUGGGUUUCCGGGAAAUCGCGUUCUCGUGUUGUUAAUCGGAAUUCGGGGAAGCAGCGCAGGGGUCGGAGUCUUGUGAUAGUCAAUGAAGUUGCCGGCCAGUACGAUGACAGUUUCGAGGAUGUCAAGACGACAUUACUCAACUAUUUCACACACAAAGCUGUGAGGACUGUUCUUAACCAACUCUAUGAGAUGAACCCAACGCAGUAUCGAUGGUUUUAUGAUUUUGUUGCAACACAUAAGCCUGGAGAUGCAAAACGUUUUUUACGCACUCUUGGGAAGGAGAAGCAAGAGCUUGCUGAAAGAGUCAUGGUAACACGCCUUCACCUCUAUGGAAAAUGGGUCAAGAAAUGUGAUCAUGCUGAAAUAUAUAAGGAGAUAUCAGAUCAGAAUUUGGAGUUGAUGCGUGAGCGACUCAUUGAAACUGUGAUAUGGCCAUCCGACGACACAAACAUAGAGAAGAUUGGUUGACACUGAUGCUUUAUCUUCCUUGAUUUUCCUUUUCUUGGACUCCUGCUCUUAAAAUCAAUGUUAGUUCAGUCUCUGAGAAUUUCAUUUAUAUUAUUUUCCACCAACUAAUAAGAAUAGUCAGAUGUAUUCUGAAACAUGUAUAUAUAAAUUUCAUCCACCCAUUUUAGAUCAA